AUGCGCCAAAAGACUAUAGAAGAGUAAUAUAAAAAGAUGACUCAUAUUGAGCAUAUUCUUUAAAGGCCUGAUACAUAUAUUGGUAGUUUGUAAAGAACUUCAGAAUAAAUGUGGAUAAUUCAAAAUGGAAAAAUGAUUUAAAAAGAAAUUGAAUAUGUGCCCGGUUUUUUUAAAAUAUUCGAUGAAAUUUUGGUUAAUGCAGCUGAUAAUCUCUAAAGAGAUACCAAAUAAUUUAAAUAGUCUUAUAUCAAAGUAGACAUAGGAAAUGAAAUUUCAAUUAAAAAUGAUGGAUUUCCUAUACCUGUUGAAAUUCAUAAGGAAUAUUAAAUCUAUGUACCAGAGUUAAUUUUUGGAGUGUUUCUGACAGGAAGUAAUUUUGAUGAUACUGAAAAAAGAGUGGUAGGUGGAAGGAAUGGAUAUGGAGCAAAAUUGACAAAUGUUUAUUCAACAGAGUUCACAUUAGAAGUUUGUGAUGGGAAAAGUUAUUUUAAGUUAGUUUGGAACAAUAAUAUGAGUAAUAAACAGAUUCCAAUUAUUAAACAAGUAAAGAAAGAUCCUUAUGUGAGUAUUUCAUAUAAACCAGAUUAUAAAAGGUUUGGAAUGAAGGAGAUAGAAGCAGAUACUUAGGCUUUGUUAACUAGAAGAGUAUACGAUUUGGCUGGAAUAUAUGGUAAUAGAAUCACUGUUUAUUUGAAUGAUGAGAAGAUUAAAAUCAAUUCAUUCUAAAAAUAUGUAGAUUUAUAUUUACCAAAUGAAGGAGCAAUUAAAAUAUUUGAUAAAGAAAUGACUACUCCAAGAUGGGAAGUAGUUGUUAGUUAUUCUCCUACAUAAUUUUAACAUGUUUCUUUUGUUAAUGCUAUAUAUACUGCAAAAGGAGGUACCCAUGUUAAUUAUGUGACUGAUAAAAUUAUAUAAGAAAUUUAAAAUGAAAUGAAUAAUAAUAAAAAAUACAAAUCAAUUGAAGUUUAAAAAUAUCAAAUUAAACAAUCUCUUUGGGUAUUUAUUAAUUGCUUAAUUGAUAAUCCAACCUUUGAUUCAUAAACAAAGGAGAAUAUGACUACUAAGGUAUCAGAAUUUGGAGGUACUAAUGAAGAGAAAUUUAAAGUGACUGAAAAAUUCUCAAAAGCUUUAAUAAAGACUGAUAUUAUUGAAACUAUAUUUUAAUAAGCUAAAGCUAAAGCUGAUGCUAAAUUAAAUAAAUAAUUGAAAGGUACAAAAACUGGCAGAUUACAUGGAAUUGAAAAAUUGGAUGAUGCUAAUGAUGCAGGAAAAAAGAACUCAGAACUUUGUACAUUAAUAUUAACAGAAGGAGAUUCAGCAAAAGCUUUAGCUAUGGCAGGUAUUGAUAUUGUAGGCAGAGAUAGAUAUGGUGUAUUUCCUUUAAAAGGUAAACUCUUAAAUGUUAGGGAGGCAUCUUUAAAAUAAAUUUUAUAAAAUGAAGAAAUUGAAAAUUUGAUAAAAAUAAUAGGUUUAUAGAAGGAAAGACAAUAUAAUGAUUUAAAAUCACUUAGAUAUGGAUCAGUAAUGAUUAUGACAGAUCAGGAUAUAGAUGGUUCACAUAUUAAAGGUUUGAUUAUCAAUUUUAUUCAUCAUUUUUGGCCAUCUUUAGUUAAAUAUCGUGGAUUUCUCAAAGAGUUUGUAACACCUUUAAUAAAAGCAAUAAAAGGUAAUUAAACGAUCCCAUUCUUUACAGUUUAAGAUUUUAACAAAUUUGCUUAAGAUGAAGAUAUUAAAACAUGGAAGAUAAAAUAUUACAAAGGUUUAGGUACAUCUGAUGAUUAAGAAGCUUAAGAGUACUUUAAAAAUUUAAGAACACAUACAAUUUAAUUUAGAUAUGAUGGUGAUGAAGAUGAUAAUUCAAUUGAUCUAUGUUUUAAUAAGAAAAAAGCAAAUGAUCGAAAAUAAUGGUUAGCUUAAUACAAUCAUGAUUUAUAUGUAGAUCAUACAAAAAAAGAAUUAGGUUAUUCAGAAUUCAUACAUAAAGAAUUGAUUCAUUUUUCUAUGGCAGAUAAUAUUAGAUCUAUUCCAUCUCUAAUGGAUGGUUUAAAACCAGGAUAGAGAAAAGUAUUAUUUGCAUGUUUUAAGAGAAAUUUAAAAUAAGAAAUUAAGGUGGUCUAAUUGGGUGGUUAUAUUGCAGAACAUUCUGCUUAUCAUCAUGGAGAUAUAUCAUUAGUUUCUACAAUUAUAGGUAUGGCAUAAAAUUUUGUUGGUUCAAAUAAUAUUAAUUUAUUAUUACCAAAAGGUUAAUUUGGUAGUAGAGCUAUGGGUGGCAAGGAUCAUGCAUCUGCAAGAUAUAUCUCUACAGCUCUUAAUAAAAUUACAAGAUACUUAUUCCCUGAAUAAGAUGAUCAUUUAUUAAAGUAUUUGGAAGAUGAUGGAUAAAUGGUUGAACCAGAAUAUUAUGUUCCUAUCAUUCCUAUGAGUUUAGUUAAUGGAGCUGAAGGUAUAGGUACUGGUUGGUCUACAUCAAUUUAAAAUUAUAAUCCAAUUGAUAUUGUUUAAUAGAUUAAAAAUAGAUUGGAUGGAUAAUAAUUUUAGCCAAUGACACCAUUUUAUAGAAAUUUUGAUGGUAUAAUUGAAAAUUUACCUAAUGGUAAUGGUAUUAUCAAAGGUCUUAUUGAUUGUAAUUAAGAAACAGAUAUUAUUACUAUUAGAGAACUCCCAAUUAAAAAAUGGACAAAAAAUUACAAGGAAUGGUUAGAUAAAGAAAUGGCUGAAGAAGGUAGUUAAAUUGUGGAUUUGAGAGAAUAUCAUACAAAAUAUAAAAUUCAUUUUGAAAUAUAAAUGGUUGAUGGAUUUGUAUAAGAUUUGAGAAAUCCCUUAGAAUAUUUUAAACUGACUUCACCAGCAUCAUGCAGCAAUAUGGUAUUAUUUGAUUCAAAUAAUAAAAUAAAAAAAUAUGAAUGUGUUUAGGAUAUAAUGGAAGAGUUUUAUUUAGUUAGAUUAGAGUUUUAUCAUAAAAGAAAAGAUUAUCUUAUAUCAAAAUUGGAUAGAGAAGUAUAAUUAUUAGAUAAUAAAUUAAAAUUCAUAAAAAUGGUUAUAAGUGAAGAGAUUAAAUUAAGAAAUAUUAAGAAAAUAGAUUUAGUGAAAUAAUUAGAUAAAUAUGGAUUUACUAGAUUUUCAUAAUUAAUUUAAGUAAAAUCUACAAAAGUAAAAGCAUUUGGUGAUUCUUAAAAAUAAUAGAAAAAUGUUGAUGAUGAUGAAAGUGAAGUUGAAGAAGUAUCAGGAGAUGAAGAAAAGCAAAUAAAAAAAUAAAUCUCAAAAAAAUUAUAAUAAACACCAUCGAUUGAUAUAAGUGAAUUUAAUUAUUUAUUAUCAAUGCCAUUAUUUUCACUUACUUAUGAAAAAGUUGAGAAAUUAUAAGAUGAAUUAAAUCAAAGGGUUUAAAGCAGAGAAGCUUUGAUUAAUAAAGAAAUAUCAGUCAUGUGGAGAGAAGAUUUAGAUAAGUUUUUAGAAUCUUAUGAAGAAAUGAAUGAAAUAGAAUUGCGAUUGAUUAAUUAAUAAGAAAAAAUGCCAGGAAAAUAGAUGAAAAAACCUAAAAAGAAAAAUGAAAAAUAAGAACAAAAAAUAGUUGAAGAGAAAGUAUAAAAGUCAAAAGCUAUAAAGAGUAAGGAUCCAGUUGAAGAAAUUUUAUCAAAAUAUAAAAAAUAAGAUGAUAAAUUAAGUGAAAUUAAUUCUAAACAAAAUGAUUUCAAUUCUAAAUAACUCAAUUCAAAGUAAUAGGAAUCAAAAUUAUAGAUUGAUAAUUCAAAGCAAGUUUCAUAAUCGGUUCAAGGCAGAAGAAUAAGAAGAUUAAAAGUAGAAAGUAGCUCAGAUGAUGAUUGA